AUGGCCCCUGCACUAAGGUUGACACGCGAAAUCACAGAGAAGCUACCAUUUUUUUGCUGUUUUUUUUUGGCGCCAUCGACGGCGUUUGCUCAAGUCGAUUCAGCGACGCGCUCGUCCUGGGAUGUUCCACAGUUUGGUGAUUGUGGUCAAAUGGACAGGCAUGAGCUCGUGUCACUCAGUGAAGAGAACCUGGUCGUUGGAGACAGAAAGGACUUACUCGCCUUCAAAUCCAUAGUCGCGUCCCGGAAAUGGAGCCUAGAAUGCGUCCACAAAUACACAUCUCAAGCCAACGACUACUCUUGCAUGUGCCCAACAGUUCUCAACUCAGUGAAACUGCGCGCCAGCAUAUACAGCCCCCACACCCACCACUGCUUCUCCACUGCUACAUCGACAACGGCCUAUGUCUCUGCCUUGUCGAAGCCCAGCGCUUUGCACGCAAAUCCCCCAUUCCCCCACCCCCCUUCCUCUUCAAAUAUACGAUAUGCGCCGAGGCAGGCCCCUCCCCCCGUGAAACGUAGAAAACCCGUGCAUCCCAUCACGCAACCAUAUUCAUUUAUUCUUGCCACGUUUGGCUUCGAGGAAGAGGACUUGUUUGCGCACUAUCAAAAGACAUUAGCACAGCUCUCCAGCCCUGCGAUAACGAAUGCCAUUGCCCCCAAUUCCCUGUCAUAUUCAGACAAUGCGCUUCCAGCAAGGACAUGCUCGCUCGCAGCGGGUACAAGGAAUUCGCAGGACCGAGGCCCCGAGUUAUGGUUGUGGUGGUGUGCAUACCAAUAG